CUUGAUUUAGGAAUUGUCAAAUUUGUCAGUUGGGCGAGGAAUGAGGUUACUUUUGUGACCUACUAAAUUUUCCUCGAUUCAAAAAUAUUGUAAUUCAUACCCUCGCGUCAAUUGUAAAUGAAUUUUUACAGAAUAUAAACAUUACUUUCAUUUAGUGGACAUGGCUUCGUUUUCUAGAUUCCAUAAAAUAGCGCUUCUAAGUUUAGGUGCCGUCGGUGGCGGAUUGGCUUACUACCAUAUAAACAGUGGCAAACAUGAGAAAAAAUACGGCGCAUACAAUUCGUGGACAGUGAAUUACACGCCCAGUGUAGUGUGGGAUAGGAAUUGGGACCACCGAGAACCAGAAUCAAUAGUGAGACCAAAACGAUCAGACACACCAGAGGAAGAUAACAAAUAUAAUGAAAAAUUAGAAAAAGCCAAGAGCAAAGCGGUCAGGCAUUUGUUUUUAAUAAGACAUGGACAAUAUAAUGUUGAUGGAGGUACAGACAAGGAGAGGGUGUUAACGGAAUUAGGCAGACUACAGGCAGACAUGACUGGUCAGAGAUUAGCCUGUCUCGACAUCAAAUGGGAUUUACUAGUUCGGUCCACAAUGACAAGGGCUCAAGAGACAGCUGUCAUAAUCGCCAAGCAUUUGGACAAAGACAUCCCAGUUAAAGACUGCCAGUUAAUAGAGGAGGGCGCUCCGAUACCACCAGAACCUCCAGUGGGGCACUGGAGACCUGAACCGAAACAGUUCUUCCAGGAUAGUGCGCGGAUUGAGGCCGCUUUCAGACGGUAUUUCCACCGCGCGCCGCCGGAGCAGACCAAGGAUUCGUACACGCUUCUCGUCUGUCACGCUAAUGUUAUACGAUUUUUCGUGUGCAAGGCCCUCCAGUUCCCACCUGAAGGUUGGCUUCGGAUAUCACUAAAUCACGCGUCGAUCACCUGGUUAUCGAUAAUGCCAAACGGCAAUGUGGUGCUGCGGUCUCUCAGCGACACAGGACAUAUGGAGCCAAAGUAUAUCACCAGCCGGUAAAAGAAGGUGCAUUAUUAGUAGUCAGUGUUAUUGUAGUUUGGAUGGGGUAGACUAGAAUCACGUUGUAGUCAAUGAUAAAUCAAAAAGUAUAGAUAUGCCAUAACCUAAUAAAUCAAACUAAAAUAUUUUCGUACGCAUACAUACAAAUUCUUGACAUGAUGUGUCAUAGGAAAGCUAGCAUUUGUUAUUUACGUGUAGUGUAUGCAAUCGUUCCAAUUGGGACAAUUUUGAGUCAUAAAUUGCGUAUUCUAAUGGCAUAUCUAGCUUUUUAUUAUGUAAUAUGAUUGGUAGCUACAUUUGGAAAUUUGUGGUGCUUCUGGUGCGCGUAUUUGGGUUUGAAGAGAUAAAUUGCUCUUUUUAUUCGAGAAUACUGCAAUGAACAUAGUUCCGACGUGAGGUAUAUAUUGCUGUAGAUAAGAAACUACAAGGAAAUUAUGUUUCUACUUUUAAAUUUAAUGUAAUUGGUUUAUGCUGGAAUUAACCCAAUUUGAUUGUUUUUUUAAAUAACAAUAUAGACAAUAAAAUAAACGUAUUGCAAUGCGAUAUCGGUCUAGACUAAGAAGCAAUGAAAAAUACGUAGCUAGGGAUUGCAAUCCGGCCUCAAUUUCAAGCCGACCGAAUUUACAUCUGUAUGGCUGGAUCCGAUGGCCUUACUGUUUGCCAAAUAUUAUCGGAUUCGAAGAUUUUAUUAUAUGUAUAGAAAAUAAUAUAAUAAAGGCCGAUCAAGUAAAAUUUUUGGAAUAAUUAUUUAGCAAUGAUGUGAUUGCAUCCAGCACAAGCACGAAGUACGGUAGCGUGUAAGUCAGUAAUAAACAAUUUAUAUUGUUAUAACAUAUAGCUGUUAACAAAGGGCCUAACUAGUACCCUAAAGAAUAUAAUAGUAGUAUAUCAUGAAAUUUGUUUGUUUCUUUAACACAGACGAGCAAGGGUUAAUGUUGCGCACCUUAAAUACCUGUUAACUGGAAAAGCAUAUUUUAAGCCAGCACGUACUUACGCAUACAAAUAUGUAUUUACCAAAAUAUUACUUCCCUAAAAUGUUUUGGCCCUUAAGAAAAAUUACAACAUGCCUUUUUGGCAACAACGAACGAAUAAACGAAUUACCUUUUUAGUUUUGUUGGUGAAUGAUUCCUUCCCUCUACAGAUAUACUUCAAAUUCUUUAAUAUAAGAUUCUUAUCGAGUUGUCCCUCCUUUAUAUUUUUAUAUUCUUAUUACUUCGUCAAGAUGACCCUAUAUAUUUUUUUUCAAUGACUAUUCGGUGGACGUCUAAGGUCGCCAGAUACGGCGAAAUACUGGGACCGUAACCAAGAUACCUUUCUACAAUUAUUAACGCUAACCGGAAUCCGCAUAAAGUAAUCUAGACAUUUUGUUACCAAAUAAACCAAGGUGUCAUAUUCACUGAAAUAUAACAUAGAAUAAUGCUGUAGGAAGAUGUCGAUAUAUGUAAAACAAUGUAAAAUGUGUACUCUCGUUAUUUGAUUGGGCUAUAAAAGUAUUGCUUACAUAAGAAAAAGAUGGUGAUAUUGUCAUUUACGAAGUUUUACAACUUGUUUUAGUGGGAAUUGUGACUGUCGUAUUAACUCCAAAUAAAAAUUUAAGGCUGCCUUGGUACUUACUGGUUAUGUUAGUGUUAGAAUGUGCCAGCCAAUCAGGAAAUUUACGACAUAUUAAUUUUAUGUCCUUUUCAAUAGCCCAUUCCCCCUUAUGUAUGCAUGUAUUGCAAAUUUCCAAAUCGGAUAGCUGAAACAGUUCUAAUUGAUCCGUAAACUUUCCUUAGAUCAGCUAAAUAUAACAAUGUCUGCAGGAAUUACGAUCCUGUAAGUGAUUACUCGGUGACGAAAAGGUGCAAUUGAAGAAGGAUAAUACAAUUCGCUCUUAAGCUAUGUUCAAGACCGCUUUUUUUUACUUUUUAAUAUUAAUCUAUUGUAUUUAAAAGCAAAUAUAUAGACGAUCGUUUCACAACAAAUAUAAUUGCGAAUAAAAAUGUUUUUAGAAUUAACAAUAAAUUGGGGUAAAUUAUAGAACAAUCCAGAAUAACGUAUUGUCUUUAUACAGGCGACACUACUACUAUUGUCUUUAUGUAGCGCUAAUUAUAUGUUUUGUGUGAUCGAUGGUAUGUAUAUUAGUAAAUAAAUAAAUAAUUUAUACUUUAUGUAUCUACCCCAAUAGAGCCGAACAUUUUUUUUACUCUCGGAUACUAUAUACAAUUUAUUGUUUAAUUUUCCACUAGUCCGUUCAUUUAAAACUUGGGGCUUUCUGUAUUUAGCCUGCUUUUAAAUACCAAUAUUCAUCAUAGUACAAAUGUACACCAAAAUGUUUAAGAUGCCAUAAAUAUGUAUCAACCAUUAACCAUACCGAGCUACCCCUAGCAAUUGCAAAUUUAGUUCAAUUAUUCCCUUCUGAGACUUGUUUUAUAUUUUUGAUUUCCUUCGAUAUAGAAGUAUCGGAUAGCCAAUAACCGAAGUUCGUUCCUUCUCAUCCAACGCUCAAAAGAUUCCCUAUUCUACCCCAACACUAGUUAUUACGAAAUAAGUCUUCAAACCACAUAUAUUACAAUGUGUUUUUAUGUUUAAGUUUUUGGAAGAUUGUCUUGUGUAGUACUGUUAUUGACUACCAGUGUAGUAUCAUAUAUUUUUAUAAGUAAAAUAAAAACAUAGUCAAUUAUAAUGUAUCUUCAAUUGAUAACCUCUUUUUGCUACUAUGUGUUCCUAUGAGUAUUUUCUAUAUCAAUUAUAUGAAGGAUAAAAUAAGGAAAUAACUAAGUAUCUGUACUUAAAUGUGCAGCUUUCAUUUGUCUAUACAAAGUGCUCAGUAAAGUGGUGGAAAUGACAAUUUAUUAUCACCUUGACUAGUAGGUAUCCUUUUUUGUUUUAUGAAUAAUUUGAACUCAAUUAAAUUUUCAAAUAUAAAGUCAAACUAGCAAGUACGUCGCUUGAUUGUAAGAAACGCCUACGAAUCACUCACAAAAAAGAUAUCGUAUAUAGGUAAUAAGUUUCAGAUUCUGGUGAUUUCACCGAGAACAUAGUAUGCACCAGCUAUAAGGCAGAAAUGUAUGAUACGACAAAAAAGUAACGAUUAACGAUUAUACAGUACGUACGACAGUUCUUUGAUUACUUGCCAAAUAAUUAUUGCAGUUUGCACCAGUUUAUUUGGGACCCAUCAGUAAUAGUUAGCUACCGGUAUUUAUUUAUAUCUUGCCGUAGUAAUUUUUAUAUUUUAUUAUAAUCAAAUAUUGAAAUAACUGCAUUUCGUAUAUUAAGUUGGGUUUAAAUAAAAUUCGCUAAUGUAAGUGCCAUUACCUGAAAUAUUGUACCUCUUUAAAUUCAUGUUGUAAAUCGUAUUCCUAUAGACUUAAACCUUUGUCAUCUAUAAAUACUAUAAUUACAUUAUUAUGUCCAUUAUUGAUACAGUGCAUACAAUAUAUCCCCAUUGAUUCGUCAAAUUGCAUCUCAAUGUCUUAAGUCGGUGUAUAUUCAGCCUAAUGGAGUUUUAUUAUAACUAACCAAUGAAAGAACAUGAAUAUAAUUUUAUUGAGUUAAAACAUUUCCGAAUUGAGAAUGAGUAGUUACUUUUAUACAAUAAAAUCGCAUUUGUAUUUGUUUAUAUUUAAGAAUUUGUUUAGUAAUUACUAAUUAUAUUGUAAUGUUGAAAUAAGAAUAAUAGGCCUGCCUAGAUUCUCUAGAUACGUACAGUUACCCCAUGAUGCAUUUUAAAUUACUUGUAACGAACAGUGUUGCUUAUUGUACAUUUCGACAUGUAAAAAUGUGUAUUGUAAAUAUUUUGAUAUGUUAAUAAAUAUCGAAUACUUUUA